AUUUAUGAAUUAUUAAUUCAAAUCACCCGCCAAACGAUCUAUGCAAAUUAAUUAGAGCUCACAAUCUUUGGACUUGUUAUUGUAAAUCGUUUUGUUUGCCUGCAAUAACGUCGAUAUAUAAAUAUUCCUUUUCUAUAUACCUAUAAAUAUAUAUGAACUGCUGCAGUAAUUGAUUUGCAUCAUAAAGCAGGCAAAUAUAAAGAUCUGUUAAUUGAUUGCCACACACACAGCUUUCAAUAGUUAAAAUCGUUGCGAAAAGUGCGCUAAGACCAUAAAAGCCGCUCUCAACAAAAAUGAAACUGUUCACGAACAAAACCCAGCGCAAUGCAAAGCUAUUGCGAUGUGCUGCACUUGGCAUGACGCUCAUUUUCUUUGGAGCCGCCAUCCUUAUGACAAAUCCAGUGAAACUAUUCGAGGAUUGGCAAAUCAGCUUGAGCCCUAAUACGCUGCUGUACAAGCUUUGGCUCCAUCCGCCCUUGGAAGUCUACAUCACGGUCUACAUGUUCAACUAUACAAAUGUGGAUGCGUUUAUAGAGGGCACAGAUGCCAAGAUGAAAGUCGAGGAGGUUGGGCCUUAUGUCUACCAGGAGGUGCUCACCAAUCACAACAUAACCUUGAACGAGGCCAAUAACACGAUCACCUAUACGCCGCGACGCGAAUAUAUUUUCGUGCCGGAGCGUUCGGUGGGUGACCCAAAAGUCGAUCGCAUCCGGGCGCCUAAUAUACCCUACAUGGGCGUCAGCACACAGGCGGCCAGCCUCUCCAUGUUCGCGGCAUUGGGCCUAAGUGCUCUGGCCAAACGGCUCAAUGCCCAGCCCAUGCUGGAGGUCACCGUGCACGACUACAUGUGGGGCUACGAGGAUCACUUGGUGCACUUGGCCUCCAAGUUUGUGCCCAGCCUAAUCGAUUUCUCCAGCUUCGGCAUUAUGGAGAAGCUGUUUCGAGAGGGCAACGAGAGCAACGUGGUUAAUAUGCAUUUGCUGGAGCCCAAGGAUGCGCAUGGCGUUAACCUGCCUGGCUCGCCACGCGCCUAUUCCCUCAAUAGCAUCAACUAUGAGCGCGGCUUCAAGCGCUGGGAGUACGAUGAGGCCACCAACGGCACUCAGUGCAAUCGCAUUUGGGGUAGUCAUGAUGCGACACUUUUUCCACGCGACAUGAACGAGCACGAUACCUUCUAUAUGUAUCGGCGUACCUUCUGUCGGCUACUGCCCAUGAGAUUCAAUCGCACGCUGGACUUUAGGGGCCUCGAUGCCUACGAGUACAUUAUGGACCCCAAAGUCUUUGACAGCGAACUCCACAGCGCCAACUCCUCGUGCUUCUGCAAGAACAAUCAAUGCCUGAAGCGGGGCGUGGGCAAUGUCUCGCCUUGUUAUUACAACAUGCCGCUGGCUAUAACAUAUCCGCACUUCAUGCACGCUGAUCCCAGCUUGCUGAGAGCUUUCGAUGGACUUAGCCCCAAUGAGUCCCGCUUUACAACUACUGUCAUGCUGCAGCCGCAACUGGGCGUACCCUUGCAUGUUCAUGUGCGUCUGCAGGCCAACCAAGUGGUGGGAAAUAUCAAAUUUAACCGUUUGAUGGAACCCUUCGAGAACCUAGUGCUGCCCCUGCUCUGGGUGGAUCUCACCAUUGACAAUCUGCCCCCGAGCCUGCAGGUGCUGGCUUAUGCGCUGAAGUCCGUAUUCCCGAAGCUGCAGUUCGCCAUCGCGCUGGGCCUCUUGCUGGGCGGGCUCUAUCAGUUGAUUGCAGCGCUACUACUCUGCUUCUGGUCGCCAUCAGCUGGUCUGCACAAGACGGAGCAUGGCGAGAAGACGACCAACGUUUUGGGCAACCUAAAUUUGGCCCAGUCCCUGCACAUGCCUUCGUCGGCGGAGUGCGCCCAGCCGGAGGCACAGAAGCUUCUAUACCAUGGCGAUGCGUACAAGCUUGAGGUGUGAAAAGGUUCAGCAAUUGUAACAAUUGGCAAAUUACCUCAAUCCGCAAUGGACAGUGGCCAGACUCUGUCCAAACUCUGUGAUAUUAAGAGCUAAGCUAAUAAGGAGAUUUGGUGUAGAUUAUAUUCUGCUCAACGGAAACAACUUAGGGAACAUUCUAUGCUUAUAUAAAAAUUAAGGUUAAUGGUAAUUCUGAUUCGUAGUCGCAUGCAAUGUACAGCUGAGUUUGCACUCGAUAAAUAUACGCAGCAUGAUAACUGUAAACAAG